AUGGCCACCCAGUCUCACUUGGAGAAGGAGCAGAAGCAACAGCAGGCUGAGGGGCCCCCAGGGCCAAAGAACAAAGUCGUCACUGCCCCUGGCGAUGCCCGCGGGACCGGCCACGGCGGCGCGGCCCUGGGUGCCCACGGUCUGGAGCAUCUGGUGCCUCCUCCUGUGUCGUGGCCGAAGCUCAGCCGCUGGGGAGGACCCGGGCCGCCCUCCAUGCCCUGCGUGCGGGAAAGCGGGUGUCCCGAGCUCCGGGGUGGUCCGAGUCCCCACACAGAGGUGAGCUGUGUGGCGCCCGAGACGGCCCAAGGGCUCCAGACCGCACACUCGGGUAAAGAGGCCGCGGCGGGGCAAGCCGUGAGGGGUGGGGGUGUCCAGGCCAGCGGGCGAGCGACCCACACCACGGGCCCCGCGAACGGCCGUGGGCGGAAGCGGCACAGCCGCAGGAGGGUGGCCCAGGCUCACAAGCUUUUGUGGCGCUGUCUGUUUCCAGAGGCACCUGCGUCUCAGAGCUCCGUGCCUUUGCCGCCAUCCUCUCCAAGGGCAGAGCCCAGGAGCCGCCGUUCACCUGGGGCUUCUCCAUCGAGUCCCGCGUCGCCGCGCGUCCCGGACCUCCAAAGCCGCACCACCCCGCCGCCAGGCCCUGUCCUUCGAAGCCGCGCCACCCUGCGCGGCCCUGCUGCCUGCUGCUUCUGCGCACCCCGGCAAGGCCGUGCUGUCCGCCGCUGCGCCUCUGUGCCAGGCCCUGCCUCCCGCCCGCGGAGUGCCUCUGCAGCUGCAGGUGCAUCUGCGCGAGGCCCCGCACCCAGCUGUAGCCCUGCACGCGCGCCGCCACGUUGUGCUGCCCCGAACCACGCGUCCAGGUCAGGUACCGCUCUUCACAGCCUUGGGUCCGCACCAGGUCCUGCUCGCCGCCGCCGUGGGUCCGCACCAGGUCCUGCUCGCCGCCGCCGUGGGUCCGCACCAGGUCCUGCUCGCCGCCGCCGGGUCCGCACCAGGUCCUGCUCGCCAGCGCUGCGCAUCCACUCCAGGGUCCCUGGCCACAGCCGCUGCGCUCCCGGGCCCAGCGGUGGUCUAGGAUGCUCUGCUUCUGCGCCGAGCCCAGCUUCCCGUAGUCGCCCGUCUGAACCAGGCCCUGCCCUCCGAAGCCCCGCAUCCGGGCUAAGCCCUGCCCUCCGCAUCCGCUCCAGCCCAAUAAGCCCAAUAAUCCCAAUAAGCCUUGCCGUCCCCAGCAGCAGCACGACUGCGGGCUUUGUCCCCCAGAGGCGCCCCACCCAGAGCAGCGCCCCCCGACCCUCGGCCAAUGAGUUUCCUGACCAGGGCCCCUCAUCUCCCCCCACUAACGUUUCUGGCCACAGCUCCUCCUCCUCUUCCCCUAAUUUUCAUGACCUGGCCCUUAGCCCUGCUAGCCUGAGAAGAGCCUUGCUCCUGGAGUUUGAUCCUCUGAGCCCUGCCUCUCCAGGAGAGCAGGCUGAAAUCUGUUUCAGCAUGCAUGACUCCCCCACACCUCCCCCCAGGGCCCGGCUGCAGCUUUCCCGGCCCGGGUCCAGAGGGCACCCAUGCCCAGCAUGGCUCUCCCAGGAAACGGAGGGCCAGCCACAGGACGAGGCCAAGAGGCAGGCAGGCCCCUCCACGGAAACCUCCCAUGGUUCAGAGGUGGUGCCGCCCCCGCUGCUCUUCCUGUCCCGGCAGCAAUCGGAUGCUCUGCUUCGGGAGGAGGACUUGCUUCCCCUGGCUGAGCAUCUGUACCAGCAGGCCCUGCCCUCCGAAGCCCUGCAUCCCGGCCAUCCGGGACGGACAGAGAGCAUCCUCUGA